AUGCGAUUUCAUGCCUUGUCGGUGGACCACAAGUCGCUUUCAUUACGGGACCGCAACACAUGCAACAUGGAACGCCACGCGCUCCAAAUCGUGCUGCUCGCUUUCCUCCUGGCUGCCGCGGUGCCCUGCGCCGCGUCUGAGGCCUCUGGAUCAGAGCCUGAACCAGAUUUCACCGUUACCAUUAGCAAAGAGGGAAUUAGGGAAAACAGCCAACGGGAGUUUUCGCUCGGGCCUUCCGCCACUCUCCGUGUUGUCGACGAGACCGGCAAAGCGACUCUCCUGCCGGCUCCGAGCGCCGCCGCCGAAAGUGAGGCGGGACAGUACAGCGUCGCGUACGUGUUUGAGAACGGGCAGUGCAACUUCGAAAAAACAGUCGCAUACAAGGACGCCUUCCCUGGCUACUCGCAACAAUUAUGGGUCCGUACCGGAACUGAGGCUGGGAACGAGGAGGAGGGUGCUGGAAAUGUUGGGAACUACACAUUUACGAAUCCUCCUGAUGAGUAUUUGAGUGGAGGGGUCAGUUUCUGUGUGAGGUUCACGACAUCCCAAUCGACGACAACCACCACCACGACCACGUCAACGACGGCAGGCUCUACAAAGUCGCCCGGUUCCUCAUCUGAGACGACUGGCAGCGGAGAGCCGUCAACAGGUGCCGGAAGCGGUCUAGUCCCCCUGGAGCCAUCGGAAGUCAUCGAAGGUGAUACGGAGCUGGAGCCAGGCGCAGGCAGCGAAGAGGAAAAGGGGAGCCUCGAGGAAGCCGCUGAAGCAAAGGCGAAUGAUGCCGAGACUGUUCGGGUGGUUUCUAAAGCCGCGGCUGAGUCCUCCGGAAGUCAAACAGGGUCGAAGCAGUCAGAAUAUGCGAAUCCCUCUAGUUUAUCUCAUUCAUCGGGUGACGAAACUGUUGCAGACCAAGUCUCAAAAGACCUCAACGUUUCUGCAUCUACCACCUCGGCAGGUAGUGCAGCCUCCUCCGCCACAGAAAAACAACCAGCAACUUCUCAAUCUUCCGAGACAACGACAAAGCUACGCACACCGGUCGGGACUGGAGACAAAACAGGUACUGGUGGUGAGGCCCCCAGUCGCUUGAGGCGGCUUUCAGACUCAACGGUUUCAGAAGAGAAAUACCUGACCAUCGUCGUGCACUCCGCUGCUUCCGGUUCUACCGCCGGGACAUUGACGCUGUCAGGUGCUGUGAUGGCAUUGACAGCCUCACUCCUGGCCAUCUUUUAA